AUGGAGUCACAAAGGAAGACCAAGAAGGUCCUUCCAUCCAUUCCAACUCAAACAGCCCAGAGUAAGCCGAGAGGCUCAUGGGAACAGACCGUCCCAUCACUGAAAGAGGAGAACCCUAGGGUGAAAUGCAGAAGCCAUGAGGCCUUUGGCCACACUGCAAGAAGCAGAACGAGUCCCAUGAAGCAAGGCCAUGCGCUCCUAGUCCCACAGCCUCUGGGAGCCAGGAUACAGAAAGAGAACAAGGAUCCUUGCAGGCCCCAGGGUCUACAGAAACUCAAUCCAGUCACCAGAGAGAAGUAUGAUGAGCAGCAGAAGAAGGCUCCCUUCCAGAAAUUUCCAAGGGAGCCACAAAGGGGGGAACAGAUGGUCAACUUGGCUCAGCCACAGAUGCCAAGCAUUCCUGGGAACAGAAAGAUGUCUGUGCCACCAGACCAAAUAUCUCUUGGGAAGCAGACGUGCCCUGGGAAGCCUGCCCUCCACAGCUUUGACAGCUCCUGCAUCUCACAUUCCAGACAGAAGGAAGGUCAGAACGUGGCUGUCCCUGGUGGUGCCAAGUCAGUUUUCAGGCAGGAUGGAAAAAACACAUCCUCAGAAAAGCUCCUGGAUCAAAAGCUACAGGGUACCUCACACAAACACCCUGUGGCUGUCCCCAAAAGUCAUGCAAUCGGUGAACUGUCCCACAAAGAGUCAAAAACUGAGGGUCCCAGUAGGAAAAUGCAGCCCAGCCAGCAGCAUCCUGUCAUCCACCACAAUAGACAGAACCCCAAACUCAGCUUCUGGGCCCCAGGUAAGAAAACUUCCCGGUGCCCCACUCAGCCUAGCCAGAAUCCUCCAAAGAAACAAAGAAUUAACUCUACCAAUGCACCAGAGAAGAGCCAUGCAGGACCAGGUUCCAUGGACACCAUGGACAGUCAGUCUCCUCCCAUUGCUAACAGACUUGGACUAGAAGGCACAGCUGAAAUGAACAAGAAACUAGCAGCCCAGGUACCCAGCACUGACCAACAGCUACAUAGCAGGCCAGCACUGGUCCCAACCAAACCCUGUAUGGAGUCCCACCAGCCGUCUUCUGGACAUGUUGGAGGCCAAGCCCUGAGAAUGAUCUUUACCAGAGCGGGUAGUAACUGCUGGAGCUGCAGGCUCCUGACAGUUCCCCCACCACUUCCCCAUGAGAAGCAAACACCUCCUUUGGAGAGCCCUGCCUUCCCCAAGGAAGGAGAGGCAGCAGGAUCCCAGGCCAAAGUGAGUGUCCUCUAUGAGGACCUUUGGGUCUCCUCCUCCUCCAAGGACAGUGAUGGAGAAUGA